CUCAUCCCAAUGGACAUAUACCAUUGCGCAAUGGGUUGACGGUGAGGCUAGGGGGGUGGACAUUAGCUAAGCAGCACAGUGGUAGGUACUUUGGGGAAAGGCUGACGAGAGAGAGAAGGUGACCAGCUAACUACAGACAUGCACACUCUGUACCAGAACACGAGAACAGUUGAACGGACAUCAUGGAGCAGUCCUUGGCACCUGGCUUGUUUACUGGGCAUACUCAGCUUCCUGGGGUCUGUCACACCCCUCCAUGUAGCUCCUGUGACGAUGGGCCUCCGCUCCUCCUUCUCGGCCACACGGACCAAUAGCAUCCUAGGAGGCACCCAGAAGGCUGUGACCUUCAACAGGCUCCUGGUCAACGCAGGAAGUGACUUCAACCCAGACACCGGCCACUUCCGCUGCAGAAUCCCUGGGGCUUAUUACUUCUCUUUCACAGUGGGGAAAUAUCCCAAGAAGAUGCUAUCUGUCAUACUGGUGAAGAAUGGGCAGGAGGUGCAGGCUAUGGCCUACGAUGACUACAAAAAGAAAGGGCGGAAGGUCCAGAGUCAAAGUGUCAUGAUCAGCCUGAGGGCCAUGGACACAGUGUGGCUGAUGCUGCAGGACAGUCCUCAGCAUGCUCUCUACAGCACCGCUGGCCCUUACAUUACCUUCACCGGUUACCUGGUGUACCCCGACAUSCCAACACCUGGCUAUCUCAACAACCACCUAUCCCUGCCAGGGCAGCCUUACCCCAACCCCAACUGCCUUCCUCCUGGAGACCACAGGCAUGGCUUGAGCGGUAGUGCUAAGGCCCCUGAAGAGCCUCGCUCUGCCUUUUCCGUGGCCAGGACAUCCCCGGUCCUGGGGGAGAAUGGUGGCGGGCACCAGGAGAAGGAGCCUCUGACCUUCGACGUGGAGUACGUCAACAUUGGAGCGCACUUCAACAAGACGUCGGGCCGCUUCACCUGCCGCUACCCUGGGGCCUACUACUUUGCCUUCACGGUGGGGAAGCAUCCGCACAGGGCAGUGUCAGUCAAGCUGAUGACGGGCCACGGCGAGGUGCAGGCCAUGGUGUUCGACGAGGACAUGUCCAGAAGGAGGGAGAUGCAGAGCCAGAGUCUGCUGCUGCCGCUGCGUAGAGGGGACACUGUGUGGCUCUACAGCCAGCAGGAUGAGCGCUAUGCCGUCUACAGCAACCAGGGACGCUACACCACCUUCUCAGGCUUCCUGGUCUACCCAGACGCUGAGCCCACCACCACAGCCAGCCAGGACCAGGACAGAACUCACGUCUGAGGGCUCUGAGUUCUUCAAAACACACUGGACCCUCCUUCAAAUGUACAUGGUGCUAUGGUUACAAAACCAAAGUUGUGAAAGUGCGAAUGCUUUAAAGGCUUUGUGUAGAACCGCUGCAGUCACUUUCUGGGUGUGGAUUGAACAACAACAGCAGCAACCGCUGAAAAAUGGGGCAAAGAUGUACAUAUCUUAUACACAGAUACACAUUUGUUUGCUCUUCUAUUGAUUAAAUAGCAAUUUCCUUUGAAGUAUUAUAUCAUUCCACAAGAUGGUGUUGUGAGUCAUUUUUUGUUGUUGAUACAUCGACAAGCUUAUGACUUUAUCACACAUAAUCAUGUAAUGUUUCUUAUUAUAAGCACAUUUUCUGUAAAACGAUGGAAAAUGUUAUGUUUUGUGUUUGGCUGUGUUCAAACCAAAGUUAUAGGCAAUAUGUUAGUAUAUGAUGCUGGACCAUCAGGAUUCCUUGGAUACCUCAUGAAUCUCAUUGACUUUUUUUUCUCAUUCACCAAAGGAUAUGAGUUAUAAUAAGUAGAGCUGUCCUAUGUAAUCUUUAUAUAUACACAGACUUUUUUAGUGACAGAAUUAUAUAUCCUUACUGAGCAGAUGUUUAUGCAAGUCUCAGAACUCAUAAAACCAUUUAAUACUUUAACUUCUGUAGUGAUUGCACUGAGUAGAGACUACUGUGUAAAUACUGUAUAGUUUGCCUGACUGACUGUAUGGAGUUAGAUAACCUGAAUGUGAUGUAGUUAUAAUUGUUUGAUCUAUUCUGAAUGCAUAGUGAUUAAAGGUCAAUUUACAAGAUUA